AUGGGGCGUGGGGGGGGUCACAGUGGAGCGUAUAAAAGCAGGAGGAGUGUAUGGAGAACACACACACACACUCGGAUCCUAUCCUCUGCUGUUUGUUACAAAGCUGCAGACAUGGUCAUCAGUGUUGCACUCAUCUGGGCCGUGGUGGUGGGACUCUGCUGCUGCCUGUGGCUUGUACUGGGAAUCCGUAGGAGACAGCCAGGAGAACCCCCAGUAGAGAAUGGCUGGAUCCCCUACAUGGGCUGUGCUCUUCAAUUCGGCGCCAACCCUUUGGAAUUUCUUCGUAGCAGGCAAAAGAAAUAUGGACACAUUUUUACAUGUAAGAUCGCUGGACAAUUUGUCCACUUCCUCUGCGACCCAUUCUCUUAUCACUCCGUUAUCCGUCAAGGGCGACACCUGGACUGGAAAAAAUUUCACUUUGCAGCAUCUGUCAAGGCAUUUGGUCAUGAAAGCAUGGACCCGAGUCAUGGUUACACGACAGAGAACCUUCACCAGACCUUCCUGAAGACUCUGCAAGGCGGUGCUCUUCCCUCUCUCAUUGAAAACAUGAUGGAGAACCUGCAGAGUGUCAUGCUGCAGUCCAACAUGCUGAAAUCCAGCAGCUCUGAAUGGGAAGUUGAUGGUAUAUUUGCAUUCUGCUACAAGGUCAUGUUUGAGUCUGGCUACCUCACACUGUUCGGAAAGGAGCUGGAUGGAGACAAGACCACUGCACGUCAGCAGGCCCAGAAAGCUCUUGUCCUCAAUGCUUUGGAAAAUUACAAAGAGUUUGACAAGAUUUUUCCAGCACUCGUCGCAGGUCUCCCCAUCCACGUGUUCAAGAGCGGCUACAGUGCACGCGAGAACCUUGCCAAGACCAUGCUGCAUGAGAACCUCAGCAAGCGCACCAAGAUUUCUGACCUCAUAUCUCUCCGAAUGCAGCUCAACGACUCGUUAUCAAGCUUCAACGAGCUGAGCAAAGCCAGGACUCACGUCGCUAUUCUGUGGGCAUCACAAGCAAACACCUUACCUGCAACCUUCUGGACUCUCUUUUACCUGAUCAGAUGUCCAGAAGCUUUGAAGGCAGCGUCUGAGGAAGUGAAGAAGGUCUUUGACAGUUCCAACCAGAAAGUUGAUCCUAAAGAUCCUCGCCUCGUCCUAACUAGGGAGCAGUUAGACAACAUGCCAGUUCUCGACAGCGUAAUAAAGGAAGCCAUGAGGUUGUCCAGUGCCUCUCUGAAUGUCCGCGUGGCUAAAGCUGAUUUCUUGCUUCAUCUGGACAACAAGGAAUCGUACCUGAUCCGUAAGGAUGAUGUCUUAGCGCUGUAUCCGCAGAUGCUUCAUUUUGAUCCAGAGAUCUUUGAGGAUCCACUGACGUACAAGCACGACCGAUUCCUGGAUGAAAACGGACAGGAGAAGACAUGUUUCUACCGAGGAGGGCGAAGACUUCGUUAUUACUACAUGCCGUUCGGCUCCGGAGUCACCAAAUGUCCAGGACGCUUUUUCGCCGUUCACGAGAUUAAACAGUUGCUGUCUCUGGUGCUCUCCUACUUUGACAUGGAGCUUCUGGAUCCUGGAGUGAAAGUUCCUCCUUUGGAUCAGUCACGGGCCGGCCUCGGCAUUUUACAGCCCACGUACGACGUGGACUUCAAGUACCGCCUCAAACAGCAAUAGGAACUUCACGUUAUCUUUGUAUUUAAUGUAAAUAGUGUAUAUUUUUAUUACUAGAAAUAAAAGAGAUGUCUCUUGAAUACUGGUUGAGAAAAGCUUUGGAAAAAACUGUGAUAGUUAAAUAAAAUGUUUGUAUAUAAAAAAAAAAGACUAAUCUGAUCACAGAUGUACUGGAAAUUGAAAACACACCUUAUAUCUUUACUUCUCUCACAUGUCUACAAUACACUCUGUUUCAAUGAUUUCACCUCUGUGCCGAUAUUAAAGUCUUUGGUUGUGAGAUGAACAAUAA